ACCUUGAAGUCUCUAGUUUUUUUGCUCUCAUAACAACGACCAAUCAAGUCUGCUACAUUCUCACGAUAUCCUGCUCGCAAUGCCUUUAUUACACAACCAGAAAUCCGUGCUAAUCACGGGAUGUACGCCUGGCGGGAUUGGCCAUGCACUAGCUCUGGAGUUUCAAAAACAAGGCUACUAUGUGUUUGCGACAGCGAGGGACCCAGCUGUGAUAGCUGAUUUGGCCGGUCCAUGGUUGAGCGUAUUGCAGCUUGACGUGACUGAUAGCGGAAGCAUCGCGGCAUGUCAUUCGGAAGUCGAAAGAAUCGGAGGCGGUCGAUUAGACAUACUCGUGAACAAUGCUGGCCGUACACAUACUCACCCAGCUCUUGACAUCUCCAUCCCAGAUGUCCGAGAAACGUUCGAGACAAAUGUCAUAGGAGUCAUGGCGAUGGUGGCUGCAUUUGGUGGACUCCUGAUCAAAGCGGAAGGGCUGAUCAUCAACAUUGCAUCGUUGGCAGCGGUCACGCCUUACGUCUUCGGCAGUGUGUUUGGUGCGACGAAGGGUGCCAUCAUGAGCUAUAGUCGGAUCUUACGGCAGGAAAUGCGGCCCUUCAACGUCAGGGUGAUGGUUUUAAUGGCAGGGUUUGUCAAGUCCAGCACAAGAUCAACCCACCGGACGCUACCCGCAAAUUCCUUUUACGAUCGCAUUCGCAACAUGUUCGAGAAAAGGGUCACUUACAGCAAGACUACCUCUACACUAAGCCCAGCAGACUUUGCCGCCGACGUUGUCAGCAAGGCAUUAAGGCCGGAAUCCCGCUCUAUCUUUCGCUCUUGGUUUGGUAGACCUGAUUGGUAUUGGAGUGGUGGUAAAGCAAGAGAGGUAUGGUGGGCCAGGACAAUCUUUGGAGAGUGGCUUACCGAUAUCAUCUGUUGGAAAACCUUUCAACUAGAGAGGUUACAAGAUAUGGUAAUUUUGGACCGCAAGCGCUAGCGUCUUUUAUCAAUAUCAUUUCUUAAACAGUGAAUUCCAUGAGUGCUCGCGAAACGUUUCAGAGUUCGCUACCCCAAA